AUGGCGCGGGAGGGCCCCGCCGAGGAUCCAGCUGUGGCCCCCCAAAAACGCCCCCUCUGCCCCCAGACCCCAAAUCCAGAUGUUGGGGGGCCCAAAAACGGGGGUCGGAUGCUGGGGGGGGACAGUGACACAGAUGUGGAGGGGGAGGAGCCACAUCCAGAUGUUGGGGCCGCCAGAAGACCCAAAAUGGCCCUAAACCACCCCAAACCUCCAGAUGUGGCCGUGAAGACCCCAAAUCCAGAUGUUUUAGGCCCCCAAAUCGGCCCUGGGCAGUUCCUGGUGGACAGUGACACAGAUGUGGAGGAGGAGGAGCCACAUCCAGAUACCCAAAAUGGGGGUCAGAUGCUGGUGGUGGACAGUGACACAGAUGUGGAGGAGGAGGUGACAAAUCCAGAUGUUGGGGCCACUAGAAGACCCAAAAUGGCCCUAAAAGACCCCAAACUUCCAGAUGUGGCCGUGAAGACCCUAAAUCCAGAUGUUUUACGCCCCCAAAUCGGCCCUGGGCAGUUUCUGGUGGACAGUGACACAGAUGUGGAGGAGGAGACCCAAAAUCCAGAUGUUGGAACCUCCAGAAGACCCAAAAUGGCCCCAAAAGUGCCCGAAACUCCGGGUUUGGGGGUUCAGACCCCAAAUCCAGAUGUUUCCAGACCCAAAAAUGGGGGUCAGAUGCUGGUGGUGGACAGUGACACAGAUGUGGAGGGGGAGGAGCCGCAUCCAGAUGUUGGGGCCGCCAGAAGACCCCAAAUGACCCCAAAAGUGCCUGAAACUCUGGGUUUGGGGGUUCAGACUCCGAAUCCAGAUGUUGAAGAGUGCAAAAAUGGCCGUGGGAUGCUGGUGGUGGACAGUGACACAGAUGUGGAGGAGGAGGAGCCACAUCCAGAUGUUGGGAGCUUAAAACCCCCCCAAAUGACCCUAAAAGACCCCAAAACUCCGGGUGUGGUGGUGGAGACCCCAAAUCCAGAUGUUGGGGCACCCAAAAUCGGUUGUGGGAUGUUGUUGGUGGACAGUGACACAGAUGUGGAGGAGGAGGCAACAAAUCCAGAUGUUGGGAGCGUUAAAAGGCCUAAAAUGGCUCUAAACCACCCCAAAACUCCAGAUGUGGCCAUGAAGACCCCAAAUCCAGAUGUUGGAAUACCAAAAAGGCCCAGAAUGACUCCAAAUGUCCCUGAAACUCCAGAUGUUGCGGUGGAGAGUGACACAGAUGUGGAGGGGGAGGAGCCACAUCCAGAUGUUGGGAGCCCAAAACCACCCAAAAUGGCCCCAAAAGUGCCCGAAACUCCGGGUUUGGGGGUUCAGACCCCAAAUCCAGAUGUUGAAGGCUCCAAAAACGGCUGUGGGAUGCUGGUGGUGGACAGUGACACAGAUGUGGAGGAAGAGGCAACAAAUCCAGAUGUUGGGAGCCUAAAAAGGCCCAAAAUGGCCCUAAGACACCCUAAAACUCCAGAUGUGGCCAUGAAGACCCCAAAUCCAGAUGUUGGGGGGCCCAAAAAUCACUGUGGGCUCUUACUGGUGGACAGUGACACAGAUGUGGAGGAUGAGGAGCCAAAUCCAGAUGUUGGGAGCCCAAAAACACCCAGAGUGACCCAAAAUGUCGCUGAAACUCCAGAUGUUGCGGUGGAGACCCCGAAUCCAGAUGUUGGGACCUCCAGAAGACCCAAAAUGGCCCCAAAAGUGCCCAAAACUCCAGGUUUGGGGGUUCAGACCCCGAAUCCAGAUGUUGGGAUGGAACAAAGGACGCUGACGGUGGACAGUGACACAGAUGUGGAGGAGGAGGCGACAAAUCCAGAUGUUGGGAGCCCAAAAACACCCAGAAUGACCCAAAACAUCCCUGAAACUCCAGAUGUGGAGGAGGAGACCCAAAAUCCAGAUGUUGGAACCUCCAGAAGACCCAAAAUGGCCCCAAAAGUGCCCGAAACUCCGGGUUUGGGGGUUCAGACCCCAAAUCCAGAUGUUUCCAGACCCAAAAAUGGGGGUCAGAUGCUGGUGGUGGACAGUGACACAGAUGUGGAGGGGGAGGAGCCGCAUCCAGAUGUUGGGGCCGCCAGAAGACCCCAAAUGACCCCAAAAGUGCCUGAAACUCUGGGUUUGGGGGUUCAGACUCCGAAUCCAGAUGUUGAAGAGUGCAAAAAUGGCCGUGGGAUGCUGGUGGUGGACAGUGACACAGAUGUGGAGGAGGAGGAGCCACAUCCAGAUGUUGGGAGCUUAAAACCCCCCCAAAUGACCCUAAAAGACCCCAAAACUCCGGGUGUGGUGGUGGAGACCCCAAAUCCAGAUGUUGGGGCACCCAAAAUCGGUUGUGGGAUGUUGUUGGUGGACAGUGACACAGAUGUGGAGGAGGAGGCAACAAAUCCAGAUGUUGGGAGCGUUAAAAGGCCUAAAAUGGCUCUAAACCACCCCAAAACUCCAGAUGUGGCCAUGAAGACCCCAAAUCCAGAUGUUGGAAUACCAAAAAGGCCCAGAAUGACUCCAAAUGUCCCUGAAACUCCAGAUGUUGCGGUGGAGAGUGACACAGAUGUGGAGGGGGAGGAGCCACAUCCAGAUGUUGGGAGCCCAAAACCACCCAAAAUGGCCCCAAAAGUGCCCGAAACUCCGGGUUUGGGGGUUCAGACCCCAAAUCCAGAUGUUGAAGGCUCCAAAAACGGCUGUGGGAUGCUGGUGGUGGACAGUGACACAGAUGUGGAGGAAGAGGAGCCAAAUCCAGAUGUUGGGAGCCCAAAAACACCCAGAGUGACCCAAAAUGUCGCUGAAACUCCAGAUGUUGCGGUGGAGACCCCGAAUCCAGAUGUUGGGACCUCCAGAAGACCCAAAAUGGCCCCAAAAGUGCCCAAAACUCCAGGUUUGGGGGUUCAGACCCCGAAUCCAGAUGUUGGGAUGGAACAAAGGACGCUGACGGUGGACAGUGACACAGAUGUGGAGGAGGAGGCGACAAAUCCAGAUGUUGGGAGCCCAAAAACACCCAGAAUGACCCAAAACAUCCCUGAAACUCCAGGUUUGGGGGUUCAGACCCCAAAUCCAGAUGUUGAGGGGCCCAAAACCGGCUGUGGGCUGUUGCUGGUGGACAGUGACACAGAUGUGGAGGAGGAGGAGGAGGAGGGCUCAGAGGCCGACGUGGCCACCCAGCUGUUCCUCCCAGAUCCAGAUGAGGAGGAGGGGGAGGGGCCGGAUCCAGAUGUGGCCACCCAGCUGUUCGUCCUCGCUCCAGAUGUGGAGGAGCCUGAUCCAGAUGUUCGCCCCCCCAAAAGGGCCAAAAGGGCCCCCAAGGGUCCAGAUGUGGAGGGGGGGGAGGGGCCGGAUCCAGGUGUGGCCCCCCAGCUGUUCCGACCCCCGCCAGAUGUGGGGGAGGGGGGGGCGGAAUCGUCACAUCUGGAGCCGAAUUUGGGGCCUCGAGGGACCAAAAGGGGCAAAGGCCCCCAAGGUGACCCCCAGGACCCCGCCCGGCGCUCUGGCCCCGCCCACCAGGAACCAGAAGCUCCGCCCACCCCCCAGGUUCGCCGCAGUCAGCGAUUGGCCGGGAGCCGAGGGGGCGGAGCCUCCCCUGGCCCCGCCCCCACCAGAAAGGGGCGUGACCAAACCGUGCCCAAGCCACACCCCUCACCCAAGCCACGCCCACAGAGGAGACCAGCACAGGAGGAGGAGCAGGAGGAGGGGGCGUGUCCAGCAGAGGGCACCCAGCGCAGGCUCCGCCCCCGGGCGACACCAGGCCCCGCCCACAUCCGGGUGCUGUUCACGGGCGUGGUGGCCUCCCCCGCCCUCCUGGUGGCCCUGGGGGCCCUGGGGGGGGUGGUGGCCUCGUCGGUCCACGACUGCACCCACCUGGUGACGGACAGGGUGCGACGGACCCUCAAAUUCCUCUGCGCCCUCGCCAGGGGGGUGCCCGUGGUCACCCCAAACUGGCUCCUGGAGAGCUCCCGGUGUCACCGUCCCCUGUCCCCGGCCCCGUUCCUGCUCCGUGACCCCCCCCGGGAGCGACACUUCGGCUUCCGGCUCCGGGAGGCCCUGGACAGGGCCAGGGGACACCCCCUGCUCCAGGGCUACUCCAUCCACGUGACCCCCGGGGUGACGCCGGGCCCCGAGGCCAUGAGGGACAUUGUCACCUGCUGUGGGGGGACAUUCCUGGACACCCUGCCCCGGGCACAGCGGCCCCGGUGCCUGGUGGUGUCGUGCCCCGAGGACUCGGGGGAGCUGUGGGACCGGGCGGGGGCCGCGGGGCUGCCCCUCGUGUCCCCCGAGCUGCUGCUCUCGGGGGUCCUGCGCCAGCGCCUCGACGUCACCCCCUUCCUGCUCACCCCAAACCCCAACCCUCGGGGCCAGGGGAACCCCAAAAACACCGCCCGGGACACCCAGAACCCCAAAAACACGGCCCGGGACCCCAAAAACCCCAAAAACACGGCCCGGGACCCCAAAAACCCCGAAAACACGGCCCGGGACACCGAGAACCCCAAAAACACGGCCGGGAAUACCCUGAACUCAGAGACCCCAAAAAACGCACCCCGGGACCCCAAAAACCCCAAAAACACGGCCCGGGACAGCCCGAACUCAGAGACCCCAAAAAACGCACCCCGGGACCCCAAAAACCCCAAAAACACAGCUGGGCACACCCUGAACUUAGAGACCCCCAAAAACACACCCCAGGACCCCAAAAGCACAGCCUGGGACACCCCCAACUCAGAGACCCCCAAAAACACACCCCAGGACCCCAAAAACACAGCCCGGGACCCCAAAAAACCCAAAAACACAAUUAGGGACACCCCGAACUCAGAGACCCCCAAAAACACAGCCCAGGACCCCAAAAACAGAGCCAGGGACACCCCGAACUCAGAGACCCCCAAAAACACAGCCCGGGACCCCCAAAAUGCACCCAAGGAGCCCAAAAAGCACAAGUUCUCUGCGGUCGGUCCCGCUCGUGUGGGGGAGUGA